AUUGGAAAAUUAUAAAUAUGGUAAAAAAGCUUCAACGAUUAAAAGUAUUUUUCAAGACGAAGAAAUGCACAUUGAUUAUCAUAAUGGAACAUUUGAAGAUGCGAUUAGAUAUUGUAAGAAAGAUAGAAAUCGAUGUUCAAAACAUCAUCCUUAUUGUAGAUGUAAUUUUUUUGAUUUAACAAAAAUAUACGACAAGUAUGAUGAAAGUUGCUUGAAAUUUCGAACAUUCGCACAUAUUGAUGAUAAUUCUGGACCCUUUGAAUUUGGAGAAUUGCCAAUGAGUCAUAAUGCUGAAGAUGCUUUUGUUAAUUCGGAAACAGCACCGCAUAUUAUCAAAGAACUUUACAACACGAUUUGUGAUAGUCAAAAGAAAUCGUUCAAGAGAUGCUUUACUCUAUGCAACAUCUAUAUUUAUGGUGACUCGAGAACUGGAAAGGAUUACUUGAUACAAAUAUUUUUUCCUAACGCAUAUCAUAAAUCGCAAAAUGACAGAAUAUGGUUCGAAGGAUAUGACGAAAACAAAGUUUUCGUGUUUGAUGAUUUUUAUAAUCAUAACAUGGAAUUCUCGACUCUGUUGACAUUAAUCGAUAAUAAACCACAUACUGUGCAGAAAAAAGAUACCCCAUAUUUUGGAAAUAAGACUGUUAAAAUAGAAAACAAAAGAAAAUAUUCUUCAAUUUAUAAUCGAUUUGACUAUAUUAUUGA